ACAGCGAGACGCGCGUUUUCGUACACCGCCCUCAGCUUAAAUGUGAAGUCACGAGAUAACAAUCAUAAUUUUAAUAAUUUUCCUAUUCAUUUAGAAAAUGUCUUCAAAUUGAUAAGUUAAUAUUAAAAAAUCUAUAAAUCAUAUAUUUAUUUUAAAAUUUUUAAAGCUUUUAUCUAUAUAAAUGAAAAAGGAAAGCCUCAAGGAAGUAUCACAAUGCAGACUCUACCACCUGAGGUUUUCCUUGGACUGCUGGAAUAUUUGCCCUACAGAGAUAGAAAAUCAUUAAGCGAAACUUCAGCAUAUUUCAAUCAGCUUUGUUUGGAUCACAAAUAUUUAGAUAAAGAACAAAUCGUAUUCGAAGGAUGUGUACUAUCACCAGAAACCUCUCCAUUAGAUAUUUUACUAAAAAGUGAGCGAACAUUUUCAAAUAUUAAAUGUACCAAUCUUGAAAUAUUUAAUAUAUCUGACAUUUUUUGGAGGAGAUUCGGACCAUACAUCAAAACACUUCACUUGAAAAGCUGCUCCAUUGCGUUGAACUAUGUUUCAUGUUUCUUCUCUUAUUUGGAAAACUUGGAAUAUUUGGAAUUAGACGAAUGCAGGGAUUUAUUCAUGAGUGGGACUAUGUUUUCAAAACCCGAUGAUCUUCUCAAAGUCGGAGAUGCUCUAAAAAAUGUGAAAGAGUUGGUGGUGAACGAGCAAAAUUACUUGAGCGAUGCACUAUUCAAUCGGCUUGUGACAUGUAUGCCUAAUUUAAAUAAUUUAUCUCUUCAUGGUUGUUAUAUAAAUUGCCAUGAAGCUGUAUAUAAGAGAUACUAUAGGAAAGACAAUGUGGAAUUGGGAUCUGACAGUGUGUUGACGUUCAGAUUCAUCUUAUCAUAUCUGCAAAAAGCUUCCAGGUUUUUAAAAAAACUUGAUUUCAGUUGGACAAAAUUGGACAAUUCUUGCUUGAAGAAAAUUGCUUUACUAGAUGGUUUGAAUUUGACUGAAAUAUGUUUGCAUGGCUGCUCUCAGUUGACUAAUGAGAGCUUGAUACACUUAGUGAACUGUCAAAAGAAUUUAUUGGUAAUUGAUAUUGGCAGUUGUGUUUGCUUGACUGAUAAGGCAUUGAUUGCCAUAAGUGAUGGUCUUCCAACAUUGAAAGAGCUCAAUAUCUCAGGCUGCUCAGGGAUUACCUACUUGGGACUUGAAUCUCUGGCUAAGCUAACCUAUCUUAACAAGCUGACCGUUAUAUAUUCGGGAUCUCCUUAUAAGAAAGAAAUGCUUCCAUUAUCAAACAAGAAUAUCAAAUUUCUUGAUUUGAGAUCAUCAAAUUUUAACGACUUAGCACUGAUUACUCUGAUUAGUGAUUUAUCCAAUCUUGUCUAUCUUGAUCUUGGUCAUUGUACAAAUAGCGUCUCAAAUUUAUCACUGCAUGCUAUAUUCAGAAACUGUCAACGUCUGCAGCAUUUGAAAGUGCGAGCUUGUCCGAGAAUAACCAACUAUGGCUUGUGUGGAAGUGCUGCAAUUCAUCCUGAUCUUGAAAAAAUUGAGAAUGAACAAGCUCAAGCUCUCAGUACUUUAGAUGAUGGACAGUUUAGAGAUGUAGCUAUCGAUACUCGAAGCUGUCGUUCAUUGCUUGAACUGAAAGGGUUGAAGACCUUGCACUUGGGGUUUUGUUUUGAAAUAACUGAUAUUACAUUGCAUCAUGGCAUCAAAUUCUUAGAGUUGAGAGACUUGGAUCUGUCUUGUUGUAAUAUCACUGAUGACGGAUUAAGAGUUCUUUCGGAGAACAACCCAAGCAUUGAAGAGCUUAACCUUAGUGGAUGUCACACUAUAACUGAUGAAGGACUCAAAUCAUUACAGAACUUACACAGAUUGAGACGCCUUUCCUUAAAAAAUAUUAAGCAGAUAACAGCUGAUGGAGUACUAACUAUGAGGAGGAACUGCAAAUCAUUACAGUAUUUGGAUGCUUCACAGUGUGACUUGAAUUUGGGAGUAAUGGAUUUGGGAAGCUCAACAUCUUCAAACCCUGAGGGAUUUCUAUAUUUUCAGCCUCUAGGCACAUUCUCAAAUUCAUGCCCUCGAUGGCAGAACGACACCCUCAUUCAUCAAUCCGAUUCACCAUCAUCAAUGGAAUCAUGAAAGGGCUUUAGUGUAUGUAAGAACUGAAUCAAAUUUUGCAUUAUCUUAUGUCUACACCAAAUCAGUUACUCCCACCAGAGGUCAUCGGCUUCUAUUCUUGGAUUGAAUGGAAAGUAUGAAUUUCCUCAUUCAAAUCAAAUUAUUAUUUUUCAAAUUGAGGAACAUUUCAAGAUCAGAAAUCAAAACCUAGAACGAAAAACCAUUGAACCAAGCUUUAUUUUUCACUGUACGAGGCUUUUCCGAAAAGUAUGGGCCGUUUGGUUACAGAAAAAAUAUUCAUAAGAUACUAAUUUUAUCGGCAUAUUUAUUUAGGUAUAAUCUUACUUUAAUCCUCUACUUGGUUGAAUUCACUUCAAAGCAUCUUAUGUGUCAUUGCACGAGCUUCUUCAACCCCUCUGCAUAGAAGUCUCCACCUGAGAUUCAAACCAGUGAAUAACGGCGUUUUGAUUCCCUUUUCGGGGUUUAAACGUUGUUCACCGAGCCAAUGUUCAAAGUGCAAGCAAGAAGAGGAGUAAUCACUAGGUGCAAGGUCGGUAUCAUUCGGUUGCUGGUUGGAAGGUUGAACGAAGAUUUUAAUUUUCUCCCAUGGAUUUUGCAGCAGUGUGCCUGCCACUCCACUCUUCAUCUUACUCCACUCUUUGCCACAACUCAUAACUUGCCUGGUAAUUGUAUCACAGAACGCACUGCACAGUUGGUGGGGUCACGAGUUCCAGGGUCAUUAUUCUUUGCAUUCACCGACAAUACAACUACAAAAUAAAACCUACCAAAUGACGUACCUAGCACCGCAACGAGUCAAUAAAUGGCACUGCAGUUAGUAAAAUGAGCAAACGGCCCUUACUUUAUAAAUCCACCUUGUACAAUCAUAAAUAAAUUUAGAGUAGAAUAAAAAUGGGAAGUCUGGCACAUGUUGUGCAACAUGUGCCAGACUCUCCAUUUUCUCAAGGUCACCAAAACUAAGUAGACCUAACCUUACCUAACAAAAAAAUAUUAAAAUUUAUAAAAAAUGUAUUUAUUAUCAAAAUUUAUUUUUAAAAAUUUUAAAAAUAUUCUUUAUUAUUAAAAAUGUAUUUAAAAAAAUAAAUUAGUUAGAUUCAUAAAAAAAUUUUUUAAUAAUAUGUAAUGAAAAACCUCUGCAUUCUAGGCUUUAUUGAUCAGUAAUGAAUUCAUAACAGAUUCAAAAUUAGAAUAAAUAGUUCAACAUCUGAUAACAGAAACAUAAGAAGAAAACACUAGUCAUAUGAUGAUUCAAUAUCAUCACAUUCUUCCCGUCUUUAGGAAUUCAAUGAAUAGUCUUUCAAAUAAGAAGGCAUUUUGCGCUCUCUAUAAGAUCUUCGCAGGGUGCCAUCAGGAGGCUCUUCUUCAUCACUGAGGGGGAAUCCUGUAUUUGUUUCAUCUUGAUUUUCAUGAUAAUUUUCUUGAUUGUUCUCAGGCUCUGCGUGAUCACUAAGGCUUUGUAUCAUCUUGAUUUUUAUCGUUAUCUUCUUGAAUGCUCUCUUCUCCUCGAGGGGCAAGGUUUUUCAAUGAUACAGUUGUCUCUCUUCCAUCACUAAGCCGUACCUUGGCAUAUUGUGGGUUGAUUUGAAGAAUAUCCACCUCCUCGACCAAUGGAUCGAAUUUACUUCUUCGUAUAGGUACUUUCAUUAGGACUUUGUUUGAAGGGGCAAGCCAGGUUGGAAGUGCUAUACCAUUAGAUGAUUGUCUAUAGUGUCGGAACAUCCUAUCAUGUGGUGUCUCAUUAGUAGCUGUGCACAAUAGGGAUCGAAUAGAAUGUAGAGAAUCUGGGAGCACAGAUUCCCAAUCAGAUACAUCCAAAUUUCUAUGCUUCAAUGUAAGAGACACUGUGCGCCAAAUUGUACCAUUUUCUCGUUCGAUUUGGCCAUUUCCUGGUGCGUUAUAAGGUGAUGACAUGGAAGUGGCUACUCCUCAAUUAUGAAGGAAUUCCUGCAGCUCUCUGGAUUUGAAAGAGGUUCCAUUGUCAGUAUGUACAUAAGAAGGUAAACCAAAGGUGGUGAACAAGUUCACAAGGCACUGAAUUACAGUUGAUGAAUUCAUAUUCGGACAAGGGUAUGCAAACGGAAACCUAGAGUACUCAUCAAUUAUUGUCAACAAAUAUUUGUUUUUAGUUUUUGAUGGAAGAGGACCCUUGAAGUCCACGCUUAAUCUUUCAAAUGGAUGUGUCGCCUUUAUGAGAGUAGAUUUCAAUUUCUUGAAAAAUUGAGGUUUUAUGGCAUUACAUGUUUGACAUGAAGAAGUCAUUUUCCUGACAUCCUCAACUGAAUAGGGUAAAUUAUGAGUUCUUACCCAAUGAAUCAUUCUGGUCACUCCAGGGUGACACAAGUCACAGUGUAGGGAGUGUAAUUUAUCGGUUUGAGUUGCACACUCUGGAAAGUGCAACUGCUACUUGGUUGUCCUUUCCUGGUCUGUAAAUUAUUUCGUAAUUGUAGCAUGACAUCUCCAAUCGCCAUCGUUGUAUUUUUUCAUUUUUUAUUUUAUUUUGAUGAGUCAUAUCAAACAUGAAUGAUACAGAGUGCUGGUCAGUGAUAAUUUUGAAGAAUCUUCCAAGUAAGAAAUGUCUCCACUUUUUAAGAGCACACACAAUAGCAAAAGCCUCUUUUUCAAUGGAUGAAUGUUUACGCUCACUAUCAUUCAGCUUCUGAGAAAAGAAUGCUACUGGACGUCCACACUGUGAUAGGACAGCUGAAAUUGAAAAAUCAGAUGCAUCUGUUUCAACCACAAAAGGUUCAAAGUCGUCAAUUGUACUAACUACUGCCUUAGAAAUCUCAGUUUUGAGUUGAUUGAAGUCAGCUAUAGCUUCAGAAGUCAAAGGAAAGGUCUUUGCUGUAAGAAGCCGUUUAGCUUUAUCUGAAUAAUUGGAUAUCCAUUUGGAAUAGUGUGCAAACAUUCCAAUUGUUCGCUCAAGAGCCUUUCUAUUAUCUGGGGGUGGAAGAUUGAGCAAUGGUUUCAGACGUUCAGGGUCAGGAGAAAUUGUCCCAUUUUCAAUUUUAUAGCCAAGCAAGCUUAUUGAAGUAAGUGAAUAUUUGCUUUUUUUCUGUAUUGAUUGUAAAAUUAAAUUUUUGUACUGCAUCUAAGAAUUUUUUGAGAUUCAAAUCAUGUUCCUUCUGAUUCUUACCACAUAUUGUCACAUCAUCCAGGUAUGCAUACGUUUUUUCAAGUUUUUCAUUAUCAAUGACUCGCUGAAAAGUGGGUACACCAUCUGUCAGACCAAAAGCAAGCCUUCGAAAUUGAUACAAACGGCCACAUGCCUCAAAUGCAGUGAAAGGUCGAUAUUUUUCUCGUAGGGGUACCUGGUGGUAAGCGCUUUUCAAGUCAAUAGUGGUGAAUACAGAGUUUUUUGAGACCUUAGAAACAAUAUCUUCAAGACUAGGGAGGGGAUAUGCGUCAAGAUGUGUGUAUCGGUUAAUAGUUUGAGAAUAGUCUAUUACCAUUCGCUUUUUGUGAUUUUCGUUCUUCACUACAAAUGCUUGAGCUCUCCAGGGAGACCUGCUUUCUUCAAUAAUUCCAUCAGCUAGCAGUUUCUCAAUUUCUUUCUCCAUGAAACUAGUGUCUUCAAGAGAAUGCUUUCGGGAUUUAGUAAUUAUAGGUUUAAUGUCUUUAGUUAAAAACUCAAAAAGUGGUGGAGGUUCUAUCUUUGCUGGAGCCAGAUAAUUGAUAGUCAAUGGGGGUUUAGUUCCUCCAAAUGAAACUCUAAGUUCAGAGUGUUGAUUAAGUAAGUCAUGUCCUACAAUAACAUUAGCACACAAAUCAGGCAAUACACUGAAUUUUGUUUUGGGGUAAUGUUGACCUGAAAAUUCUAAAUGAGCUACACAAUAAAAGGAAAUGUUCUUUCUUAGUGAUGUUGAAGCCAUGGACACUGCACCAGUUGUAGGGUACAUUUCAAGUCCACAUUUUUUAGCAAAACAGUGUGAAAUAAAUGUCUCAGAGCUUCCUGUAUCUAUCAAAGCAGAAGUAGGAAUGUUGUUUACCUGAGCUUGUACUGUAGCAUUUUCAAGAACAGUAGAGGCUGCAAUAAGCGCCGAAGAUGAAGAAGUUUUAGUAGAUUUGCAGACAUUUUUCCAAUGACCUAUUUUCUGGCAUUUUUCGCAUGAGUCAUUUAGUGCAGGGCACUGCUGACGUGUUUUAUGUCGCUGACGACCACAAAAAUAACAUUUUUGAAAACUUGAGCUUCCAGUUUUUACAGCUGACAAAUUUGUUUCUUUACAUGAAUUUUCUGAAGAAUUAUUUGAAGUGGCAUUAAGAGUUAUUUCAGAAGAGUAAGAAGCUGAUUGAUUUCUGGCAGAUUCCAAGGCACGUGCUUUUUCAAUAGCUUCAUCAAGAGUUAGCUUGUCAAACUCCAAAAGUCUCAGUCUUAUCUGAUGAGAGCUGAGGCCCCGGAUAAAUGAAUCACGAAUGUAUGUUUUCCUAUGAGUUUCAGAAUCAACAUCUGCAAACCCACAAUUCUUACUCAGUUGUUGUAAAGCUUGGUUAUAUUGGUCAAUUGUCUCAUCUGAAGACUGUUUUCUAGUUGCCAAUUUAUGUCUAGCGAAUAUUUCAUUUAUUGGUUUUACAUAUGCAGAUUUUAGUGCGUCAAUAGCCAAAGUAUAUGAAUUUUUGUCGGCAAUUGUUUGAUAAACAGAAUGAGAUAGAAAGUUGGUAAGCAACCGCAACUUACUUUCAUCAUCGAUGUCUUCUUCGUCAAAAGAUGCGAUGAAAUUCUCAAAAGUCUUUAGCCAGAAGUUCCAUUCUUGUAGAGCAGUUGGAGAAUUCGGAUCACCAUCAAACUUGUCUGGUUUCAAAAAUUUGUCCAUCGUAACGCGAAUUUUCAGUUUUCGUUUCCAGAAAAGAUUUGAAGAUUAUACAUUUGUUGUUGAAUAGAAAUUGUGAAAUAGAGAAUAGAAAUUGAUUGACUUGUAUUUGAUAAGAUGAAUUGAUUUGAUGAUUUUGGAUUACUGAUCAAUAAAUUGUAAUGAAAAACCUCUGCAUUCUAGGCUUUAUUGAUCAGUAAUGAAUUCAUAACAGAUUCAAAAUUAGAAUAAAUAGUUCAACAUCUGAUAACAAAACAUAAGAAGAAAACACUAGUCAUAUGAUGAUUCAAUAUCAUCACAUAAUAAUAAUUUAGAAAUUCAUUUGAAAGUAUUGUAAGGGUUGUUUUAAUAAAAAGAUAGAAAUUCUAUGAUUGACUCACAUCAAGGCCUCCUUGACGUUUAUUUGCUUGAAUAGCCAGUUGGGGUGGUAGAUACUAGGCUACCGUAAGCCAGAACUUAACCUUACAAGAUGAUAUAUAAUACUAUUAGUUUUGAAAUGCUCACAGAGACCAGUACACUUGUAUUGGAUAAGCAGCUUAUUAUUUGCUCAAAGCAAUUGGGACAAUAUUCAAUAGAAAUAUUUGUCUCGACAAACAAGUUGGCACAAGAAAAUUUGUAUUAUUAAGUCUCAUGUAACAACCUCUUUUUUAGAUAAAUUUAAUUGCCUGACUUGAAAACUAGUGGCCACUAAAUCUAUUACUUAUGUGCCCUUCAUCUAAUUUUUGUUUGGGAGUGAAAUAAAUUUUUUUGCUUUUAGUUCAAUUCAACAUGCUGGGCUAGCCUACUAACUUUACAUUUGUGAUAGAUUAUUUAAGCAAACUUAAUUCAACUUGGAUUUUACUUUUUAUAUCAUUUGAGUUUCUAAUUUUCUAGCUCCAACUAUAAUUUACAUUGAGAAAACAAAUAAUACAUUUAAAAAAUAGUUGAGAUUGAUUCACCUAUCACAGCCAUUCAGGAACAAAUAGGAACAAGAACAGAGCAUCACAAAAAUUUUCUUGUUUCUUCUCAAGAGUCAGCUGACUUUUGAAUUAUCAACCCAAUGAGUUGAUAAUAAUAUUAUGAAUUUAUCAUUAAUUAAUUUAUUAAUUUAAUUAAUUAAUCUAUUAAUUUAUUAAUUAUUUUGCUAGCCUAUUGAAUUCACAAAUUGCCUUUUAAUUAACCAAUACCAUUAUUAUUAUUUUCCAAAUGAUCACUUUAAGUUGAUUCAUGACGUCAUCUAGUUGACUGGACAUAUAGCCUCUGGCAUCCAUUCAAACUAUUAUUUAUUAGCUCAUUGAGACAUCCUUUUCUGAACUGUCUCUUUACAGUAUCAAAAGGACUUAAAAAUAUAUCUAGAGUUGAUAGAAUGUUGUGUGGAGCCUCUGGUUUAUAUAAGGGAGCUGCUUAGCCAGGAGAGACCAUUUUGAACCUACUAGUGUCACAGUGUAGUUGUGUUACAGUGAAUCAUUAUAGCAAAUAGCAGAGUAAGUACAAGUGUUCAUCAUGUUGUUUUAAUAUUAAGGUAAUACUUUGCUUAUUCCAAUUAAAAGGGUUGACAAUAUUAUUAGAUGCAAAAGAUUCUAGUAGUCUGAUAUUACUUGCUGCUGAGACCAAUAGUUGGAAAGACAAACCCAUUAUAUAGAUAUCAGGCAUCCAUAGUUGUCAAACUAUUCCAAUUGCAAUGACUAGCAAUCAUUAGUUGUGAAUGAUCCCAGUAGCCUGUUAGGUUAUAAAGAAUAACCUAUUAUGUAGAGACUUGAAUGAUGCCAUGUUUGUCAUUUUCAGACAUGAAUAUGGAGAGAGAUGCAUCAUCCACAUGUUCCCCACCUUCUCCCCAACCCAAUACUCUGUCCUACCUCAAUAUCCCACCCCCUUUGUAUGAUCCAAUAUUAUCAAACUCUACUCAAAGUCCUCCACCUUCACCACAAAACCCACAACCUCCAUCUUAUUGCUAUCACUUAUCUUAUAAACUAUUCUACCCUUACAUACACUAUAUUAUGUUCCUAAUCUUCUCCCUCCAAGAAACAGUUCCCAGCCUACAUCCUCAAGGAACUCACCCCAAGAGACUCAAUGAUAGACUUUGAGGAACCCAAAUCAUGCCAAAUGAUGUCUGAAAUUGAUUAACUCUUCCCAUCCUCCUCACCUGCUAAUAAUGUUGAUGACCUCCCUGCAACACCACCAUUAUUGACUGUGGGAUGCAACUCUUUUACAGAAAGACAUGCACUAAUGGUAGUAAAAGCUGAAUUACAUCUUCAUCCAUCAUUCCCAGCAGCCUAAUAUGUUGAUAAUGAUUUGAUAUGAUAAUCAUUCCAUCAUCUCAUAUACUGUAGGUAAGAAAUCACUUUACCAUACUUUCAACUAAGGCUAUUUCAUGAACCCCCACUCAAGGCUGAAGGCUGUUUCAUAUAAUAAUUAUUGUCAACCCUCUCAAUUGAAAUAGUUCAACAUAAAAGUAUUAGCUUAAUAUUAAAACAGCAUGUUGAACACUUGUACUUACUCUGCUAUUCACUAUAAUGAUUCACUGUAACACAACUACACUGUGGCACUAGUAGGAUCACAUUGGUCUCUCGUCGCUAAGCAGCUCCCUUAUACCAGAGGCUCCCACCACAUUCUAUCAACUCUAGAUAUAAGUCUUCUGAUACUUAUAUUUUAAAAUAAUUUUUAAUAUUUUUUUAGUAAUUGUUAAUUUUUUCCAAUAUUUUUUCAAAAAUUUUAAUAAUUUAAUUGUUUUUUAUAAAUUUUGAGAACUUUGUUUUAGGUUAGGUUAGGUUAGCUCUGCUUAGUUUUGGUGGUCUUGAGAAAAUGAGGAGUUUGGUACACGUUGUGUCAGACUCCUAAUUUUUAUCUACUGUGUAGCUCAGAUACUCAUACAUAGGCAUUUUAACAAUUUGUUCAUUAGUUACUCUUGGUGGAACUUGUAAUGACAGUUAUUGUUUUUCUACAAGCAGAAGAGACUACAUUGAAUCAAAACUGACUUUCAAGUACAUGUAUUAGAACCCAUAACUUUAGAUAGAUAUGAAUAUAAAUUCGCAAAUGUUCAAUAAUUAGUUUUACAUUUGUUGUAUAGUUACUCUUGGUGUAAUUUGUUAAAGCAGUUCUUUUCUCCAACUUUAAAAGUUUAUCAAAGAAUUUCAUGUUUGAGUUUCUGUAUAGUUGUUAACAAUCAACAUGUGGUAAGUUUCCAUUCGGUUUUUUAAUAUUGUUCGCUUGUUCAAAUAAUGUUAAAUGACAUUUUCAUUAGAUUAUUUUAUGUUACCCUUGAUGCCGAAGAGAUAAGUCACCCUUGAAGUUGAAUAUAAUUAUAAAUAAGUGAUAGCAGUAUUAUUUAAAUGUGAAUUAUCAAAAUAAGAUUAGAAAUAGAAUAAAUGAAGAACAUUAAUUCACAAAUGGUUAUUGUGGUCCUUAUUUUCAAAAAUAUAUCUGCGAAUGCAGUAUAAAUGAAGUGAUAGUAAGUGCCAAUUAUUAGACUAAGUCAAUAUAAUUGAAAUUUGAAGAGUACUUUUCUUUAAGAAUAAUUUAAAACUCGUUAUUUAACUGAUUUCCUUGUAUUGAAAUUGUUACUGAUUUCAUUUUAUGACAACAUUUUCUGGAAUAAAAUUGUGUCUGUGUCACUGCUCUUACAUAAUAUGAACAUAUUCAUAUUCCAAUUUUCCACAGUCUAAUAGCAUUACUUUUGUCUUGAAGAAAAAUGUGAUAUGGUACAUAUAAAUUGUAUUAAAAAAGAUGUAACAAUACAAAGAUUUGAAAAAUU